AGAUCACCAUCCAUGUCUUCCUACAUACUGGAAUGCGGUGUGUUGGUGAUCUUCCUCUACGAUGAGGUUCCGGAAGGGGACCCGUGGAUGGCGCGGUGCGUCGGGGAGCACCUUCGUGUCCUCGAGGUGUUUGCAGAUCGGUGGAAUAAGGACAAGUCCUCGAGCGAGAGGCAGCAGAGGGGGACAUCGACCAGAGGUAACAGAGGAGCAGGCAACGCUGGCCGCAGCGGGACGUCUAUUAGCCGGAGGAACCAGUUUCCGAGCUCGGUACCACUUGCACAUCCAGCGGUCACGCUGGUUGUAAGCUCGCUUCAUCACCGGAGCAAUCACAAUGCCACAGAGCCCAAGCACAUAUCCGUAUAUGUGUGCGGGACGAACGGCUGGAACUCGGCCACGCCGAGGCGAUCCAAUGCCUGUGUGCAUAUUUACUCCCGGGAAGAGGACCCAGCUCAAGGCUUCCAAUCCUUCUGGAUGAAGAACACGAACUCGAACGGGUUCAAGAGCCCCGUGGUCCAAGCAAAGAUCCAGCGAGCUUUGGCGAACAGACAUGACCUCCCUGCCGACCAUCACGACCUGUUACCUCCAUUGACGGCCGAUGUGCCCAAUGCCUUGUAA